AUGACCGCCCCCCAAGAAGACCCCGUCCACUUUCCCCCAACCGUCAAGCUUCAGUGCCAGACGGAAGAUUUCCGGCUGCGCAUCCCCUCGAUCAUCGCUCGCGGGAGUCAAAUCGUGGCUAAUGUGAUCACGGUUACCCUAACCGCCGGUGAUGCCACUGGCCGCGGUGAAGCGAUCCCCUCUGAACGAUAUGAGGAAUCCGUGGAGAGCGUGCUGGCGACGAUCGCCCGGGUGGCUCCGCUGAUUGAGAGCAAGCCCGAUCGCGCCUAUCUCCAGACCAUCCUCCCCGCAGGCGCGGCUCGCAAUGCUAUUGACUGCGCCCUCUGGGAUCUCGAAGCCAAAUACACUGGCGUGCCCGCCUUCCAGCGCGCGGGUCUAAGCCCCCCUCAGCCCGUCACCACUGCCGUGACCAUUUUUCUCGACAGCCCGGAGGCCAUGGGUGCCAGCGCGGGGCGGGAAGCCGCCCGACCCCUUCUGAAGGUCAAGUUCGGUGGCAAGGAUGACGAACCCCGACUCCGCGCGGUCCGGGCCGCCGCACCCGCGGCGACGUUGAUUGUCGAUGCCAACGAGUCUUGGACGGUGGAAGAGCUGCCCGCCUUUCUGGCUGUCUGCCAAGAACUCGGGGUCCAGAUGGUAGAGCAGCCGUUGCCAGCAGGUGCCGAUGUAGCGCUGCGCGAUCUCGACCAUUCCAUCCCGAUCUAUGCGGACGAGAGCGUCCACGACCGGCGCACCCUGGCAGAGCUCCGCGAUCGGUACGACGGGGUCAAUGUAAAGCUCGACAAGACCGGCGGCUUGACGGAGGCGCUUGCGCUGGUUACCGAGGCCCAGGCCCUAGAUUUUCGUAUCAUGGUGGGCUGCAGAGCCUGCAGCUCGCUGGCACUCGCCCCCGCGCUGCUGCUCGCGGAAUUUUGCGACUAUGUCGACCUGGAUGGUGUGUUGCCGCUGGUCCAAGACCGACCAGAUGGGUUGGUGUAUGAAGGAUCCAUCAUCCUGCCCGCAAGCCCAGCCCUCUGGGGAUAG